AUGGACACGCCAGACACAUCACCAUCUGCACAUGAUCAAGGUCGAAUCGAGGCUACUAUUCGAAAACCAUUGUCAAUCGAUCGUCGAUUUCUUAUCAAUUUAAGCAGGGAUGCCAUCGAUAUGCGAGAUCUAUCCCAUCAGCAGCUAACUGCAGCUGAAAGACGAAAAAUGCCUGUGAAUAUUUCGCUUCAAAAUCGUAUUAUCAUUAAUAUAAGUGGAGUUCGUUUUGAGACGUUCAAAUCUACUUUGGAAGUCUAUCCACAUACGUUGUUAGGCAAUGCAAAGCGACGCAAAUAUUAUUAUGAUAAUGUUCUUGAUGAAUAUUUCUUUGAUCGUCAUCGAGGUUGUUUUGAAGCUAUUCUUUAUUACUAUCAGUCGAAAGGUCGAUUACGUCGACCGAAUUCGGUACCACUUGAUACAUUUCUUGAAGAAAUCACAUUUUUUGAGUUGGGUCAAGAUGCUCUUGCUCAAGUUCGCAAAGAUGAAAAUUUGAAAGAGGUUGAAAAAACUCAAUUACCUCGAAAUCGUUGCCGUCGGUAUAUUUGGGCUACCAUGGAAUAUCCUGAAUUUUCAUGCAUUGCCAAACUAUUUAAUAUUCUUUCGUUAUUUAUUAUUCUCAUCUCUACAAUUACCUUGGCAGUUGAAUCUUUGCCACAAUAUUCACAUUUAUCGGAAGACGCAUGUCAAAAAGAAUACAAGCAGCAUAAAACUGAAACGAGUAAUGCUUCGAUGAAUUCUAACGGUUUUCAAUCGAGUAAACGCAUAUGUCUUUCCUAUUUUUCAUCACCAUUUCAUCGGAUUCAAAUGAUUUGUAUUGGAUUUUUCACUCUUGAACUGAUUCUACGUCUACUCAGCACACCAUCGUUAUCGAAAUAUUUUAAGAGUUUUAUGAAUUGGAUCGAUAUAAUUGCUGUUAUGCCAUUCUAUGUCAAUAUUAUUAUAAAUCUUGUCGAUCAAUUAGGCCAUCAAAAUAUCAGCAUUUAUAAUAGUCUUGCAUUAUUACGCAUUCUUCGAUGUGCUCGUAUAUUCAAAUUUUAUCGAAUUUUUAAAAAUAUUAAAACCAUACGUGUUCUUGCUGUGACAGUGGAAGAAUCGAUGCCGGAUUUUCUUGUUUUGGGAGUCACAUUGACACUAAUGGCUUUUCUCUUUGGUGCAGCUGUCUACCUCAUCGAGAGUACAAAUGAGAAUUCGGUUUUCGACUCUAUACCGAAAGCUACCUAUUGGGGUAUUGUAACAAUCACUAGUGUUGGCUAUGGUGAUAUAGUGCCGAUUACAGCUCUUGGACGUUUGACUGCUGUUCUAUGUGCAUUGAGUGGUGUGGGCACUAUCGGUAUGCUUGUCUCAGUUCUAGUCGAUCGGUAUCAACGAGUAUAUACACGUAAACUCUACAUUAAACCCGAGCAAAUUGACUUCAACGAUUACUCCGAUGAAGAAGACGAAGGUCUAGGAACGGGACAUGGAAAUACCUGUAUUGAUUCUCUUAUUGUCAAUACCAGUAAUAAAAAAGAGUAA